AUGGUUGACCCGAACCUACUCGUGAAAGCCUUAGUAAGAACCGGUUAUCAUGCGGAGGUCAAAUGGGCCAGUAUCAAACACCCCAGAUUUAGCAAAAAUUACUACGAUAACAACUACAAUUACCAUAACUAUCCUCCAAUCGGGUACAAUUACGGAUCAAAUCACAACCCGUACCCGUAUCAAUAUCAUCAACAACAACAACAACAUGCCUUGCCGGAUCCAAUGACCCACCACCAUUAUUCCAUGUCAACUCCUUACAGUCACCAUGGAUGGGACCCCUAUUAUUACGGGUCGGACACCUAUUAUUACAGGCCGGGCCCACCACACGCGAGGUACGUGCCGUCUUAUCCGCCCCGGGAAUACGACCCGUAUGAUGAUGAUGAACCCAUUAGUUUAUGCAGCAUUAUGUAA